AUGUCUGAAAUGAAGACAAAUUCAUCGAGUGAAGAUACAUUAAUACGCGAUUCUCAAAUUAAUGGAUUUUUUGCAUUUAAAGAACGUAUUGGUUUUUGUUGUAGUCGAAUAUUUAAAAGAAGUUCGAAAUAUGAUUUAUCUUCUAUUUCAAAGAAAGAUGAAGAACAACAAGACAAACCAUCCUAUAUUAAUCAAGCAUUACAAGAAGAAAAACAACUACGAAAAGAUAAAUUGGAAAAAAUAGCGAGAACCUUGCCAGGUGUGACUUCAACUCAUACACAAGCAAUGCGAGGACCUACAUCGGUAACGCAAACUCCAACACGUUUAUUAACAACAAUAACACAAGAAACACCACGUUCUGGUAUUACUUUAGCUCAACCGCGACCUCCAAUAAGUACGUCAGUAUCAAAAACAGGAAUAUCAACAAUAAGUAAACCAUCACCAUUGGUUACAAAUACAAAAACUAAUAAAAACGAUUCAGAUGAAACAACUGAUUCAAGUAAACAAGAAAGUUCAGACGACGAUGACAGAUCAUCUGAUUCUGGUAGUGCUCCAGCGAAACGAGCUCCUACUAAUCGUGCAAAUAAUCGACGAUAA